CUUGCUUGUCGGUGGUGCGCCUUUUCCCCCAGCCGCCGCGUGUGCCCUCCAGUGGCACGUGUGCCCGGCCACCCCGGAGGCCAUGGAGGCUGACCUGGCCGAGGAGCUGGACGAGGAGGAACAGCUGGCGAGGCGGCACCGCAAGGAGAAGAAGGAGUUGCAAGCAAAAAUUCAAGGUAUGAAGAAUGCUGUUCCCAAGAAUGACAAAAAGAGGAGGAAGCAACUCACCGAAGAUGUUGCUAAGUUGGAAAAAGAAAUGGAACAGAAACAUAGAGAGGAGCUAGAGCAAUUGAAGCUGGCUUCCAAAGAGAAUGAGAUAGACUCUAUUGCUGUUAACAUUUCACACCUGGUAAUUGAGAAUCAACCACCUCGGAUAUCAAAAGCACAAAAGAGACGGGAAAAAAAAGCUGCAUUGGAAAAGGAGCGGGAAGAGAGGAUAGCUGAAGCUGAAAUUGAGAAUUUAUCUGGCGCUAGACAUGUGGAAAAUGAGAAACUCACUGAAAUACUGGCAGCCAGAGAGUUGGAAAUGAAGCAGAUUCCAUCUGAUGGCCACUGUAUGUACAGAGCCAUUGAGGACCAACUGAAAACACAGGACUGCACCCUCACUGUGGCUAAGCUGAGAAGUCAAACUGCUGAGUACAUGCAAAGCCACGGGGAUGACUUUCUGCCAUUUUUAACGAACCCCAAUACAGGAGACAUGUACACACCAGAAGAGUUUGGAAAGUACUGUGAUGAUAUUGUAAACACAGCUGCAUGGGGCGGUCAGCUUGAGCUAAGAGCUCUGUCUCACAUUUUAAAAACACCAAUAGAGAUAAUACAGGCAGAUUCUCGACCUAUUGUCGUGGGUGAGGAGUAUCCCCAAAAACCACUAAUACUUGUAUAUAUGAGACAUGCAUACGGCUUAGGAGAACAUUACAAUUCUGUUACACAGUUGGUGAACACAGCUGCUGAAAAUUGCAACUAGUUUGUAAUGAUACACAGUUAUAUGUUAGUACUGUGUGCUGAUCUGAGUAUUUUUAUCAAGUGCUAGAUUGUUGGCAAUGCUACUGAAAAACACAACUACCUUAAUCAGUUUUAAGAGUAAGCUUUCUUACAGGCUUUCAGAAAUGUAUUUUCAUGAGUGUCUUAGUGGUGUAUGUACAGUUUGUAAGUCUGUAGUGGAGAGCAUCCUUUGUUGACUAAGGUGGUCCCAGAUCAGUGAUUCUUUUAUUUAUGUAACACCUUGAACAUUGUUUUUAUAAAUUGUUUUAUAAAUUGUUUAAAAUUUUGUCCCCACUACAGAAAAUUUUCUAGGUAAUCAUUUCAAUAUAAUUUUCCUCAAAGAAGUGAAGUGACUCAGUCUCUUUGUCAUUGCAGUGAUGUAGUUUGAUGAUAGCAGAUGUAAUUAGUACUUAUAAAGUGGAUUUGAUCACUGGGUGCCAGUGGCUCAUGCCUGUAAUCCUAGCUACUCAGGAUCCUGAGAUCUGAGGAUCACUGUUAGGGCUCUUGUCUCCAAAAAACUACUCAGAACAAGCUGGAAGUGGUGCUGUGGCUCAAAUGGUAGAGCACCAGCCUUGAGCAAAAGAAGCUCAGGAAUAGCACCCAGGCCCGGAGUUCAAGCCCUUGGUCUGGUAAAAAAAAAGAAAAAGAAAAAGGAUUUGAUUGCAGUAACUUUGGUGCUGCUGGGAUUCAUGGGGUGAUGCUUUUUCUUUAACUCAAAGUCCUAAAAGAUAGCUGUCUUUCUAAUGCCUUUGUUAUUCUUUCUGCUCUUAAACUUUGGAUUACAGUUAGUGCUGUCAUUUCUUGGUUCUCUUCCCAGCUGCAGGUUUUUGUCUGCUGGUAUGCUGCUUUGCUUUCCUUUUCCCCCAAGGAACAUUUUGUGACAAUAUUCUUUACCUUGGGCAACUUGAGGAUUUUUAGCAGUGUGAAAGGGGCCAAGGCCACAGUCAGUUCUAAUGUUUACUCUAUUAUCAGCCUUUUUUUUUUUUUUUAACAAGAUUUCUUUCAUGUUGCUCACUCUAGGACUUUAGAACAGAGCAAGUUUACUUAUUUUGUUUAUUACAUAAUUGUCACUUUUUUUCCCACUCAAACAUUUGAGAAUUUUUAUGUUGCUUACAUGGAUAAGGUUGAAAGCCACUAUUUGAGAGCGGAGAGCUGUAUAGUAAAAUCAAUAUGCAAUAGUUUUCUGUGGAGAAUUUGUCUAGUUUUCAGAUUACUCCUAACAGUAUUAUUGCUAAUAAUAUCCAUAUGUAUGUAUAUAUAUAAAAAUCUGUUAUGUAAAGAAAUAUUAUGAAAAGGAGAACUUUUUGGUUUGAUUUGUUUUUUCCCCAGGUUGAGCAGUACAACUUUUAAGAUUUAUUAUCAGGUUUAUGCCAUUUGAAUUUUUGCUCCAUAUGUAAUUUUUAUGGAUAAAUACGCGGUUUAUAAUCAGUCUCAUGCCCAGCAGUGUGAGAAGCUGAUAUGUGGAGACUGAUGACCUUGAACAAGUCUUUCCUGAAGGGAUUCAUUCCAUUGCUGCAGAUUCACAUCCAUUCUGCCUGCCAAAUAGUAUAUUCUAAAGGCUCUCUGUUUUGUAAACUGUGAUCUGAAUUUCAGGAAAGUCUGAAGUUUAUAAAAGAAUAAAAUUGUAAACUUAAAUAAUUUGGGAUUACUUUCAAGUGUCAUCUAUUACUUUAAUGUAAACUAUCAGCAUUAAGUAGUACUAAAACCAAUCCUAUAACUUGUUAUUUAAAAUUAACUAUUGGUGUUUUUGUUCGUGUUUUGAGAAGAAUUGAAAUUUUCAUCUUUUCUCUUAUAGUGGCCAGUACAAUUGUGAACAAAACUUAAUUUGGUCAGCUUCUGUUCUUUAAUAGAAUUUCAAAUAAAUAUCUUUCUAGCCAUACCUAAAAAAAGUCUUUAUAGAACAUGGCAACUGUUAAUGUAAAAAUAAUAUGUACUAAGUUUGUUGUAUGAUGAUGGCAUAAUAGAAAUCACUUGAGGUUUCCUUGGUUCUAACUGGGACGAGUAUAUAUCAAAAUGAAUAUGUUUUCAACUCAGAAUUUUAUCAACUUAAAUAUGUUUACAACUUGUAUACAGCAAAGAUGAUUAUGUAACUGGAGUGAGCAAUGUACCCUUUGCUCCUAUCACCUGAUGUUAGCCAAAUAAGAAUAAAUGAUGGAUAGAUAAUACCAA